AUGGCCAAUUCAAGUACUUCGGCUAAAGUAGCCGAACAUUAUAAUGAAAUGGAAGAAAAAGGACUCGAAGCUCGUACCCAAAGUCCAAUAUUUUAUUUAAGAAAUUUUAAUAACUGGGUUAAAAGCAUGUUAAUAAAUGAAUAUUUACAGUGUAUCGGAAGAGAGAAUAACGACCGAAAAAAUUGUAUUCAUGUGCUCGAUCUGGGAUGUGGGAAGGGUGGAGAUGUGCUUAAAUGGAAAACCGGAAAGGUUGAUCAUGUAGUGUUUACAGAUAUCGCUGAGAAGUCAGUUCAAGCAUGUAAAGAACGUUAUAAAUCACUACGUGCUGCUUAUACAGCGGAGUUUAUCUCACUUGAUUGCUCUAAAGAUCUUAUUCGUGAUAAAUUACAAAAUAAAGAUAAUCCAAUUUUUGAUCUUGUUAGUAGUCAAUUUGUUAUUCAUUAUACAUUUGAAUCUUGUGAGCGUAUAAUGAUAUUUUUGCGUAAUGUAUCUGAAAUGUUACGUAUUGGUGGAUAUUUUAUUGGUACAACGAUUAAUUCUAGUGAAUUAAUUUGUCGUUGUCGAAAUGCUCCUAAUCAGACAAUCUCGAAUGAUAUAUUUAAGAUAGCCUUUGACAAGAACACAAUGGAUCUAAGUGGGGACAUACCAUUAUUUAAUGCAAAAUAUGAUUUUAGUCUGCAUGAAGUCGUUAAUUGUGAGGAAUAUUUAGUUUAUUUUCCAUUAUUAAUCAAAUUAGCUGAAAAACAUGGACUGGAAUUUGUUGAUAGAAAAACAUUUACACAGUUUUUUUCGGAUCAAAAGUCCGCAAGAGUAUUAUUGGAAAAAAUGAAAGCGUUAGAAGCAUAUUCCAAUAAAACUGAUGUUUAUGAACGUAUACCCUUGUCAGCUGAUCAUGUUCAAUAUGAACACGCAGUCAAAUAUUUAUCGUCGCUGGUGUCAUCCGAAUCAGCGUCUCCAAACCAAAAUACCGUAUCCUCUUGUCGUACAUUAUCCAUGCAAGAAUGGGAAAUAACAAGUUUGUACAUUACAUUUGCUUUCAAAAAAACUGUCAUGCCAGCAUCAGCCCGCAGCAAAUUAAUUGCCGAAAACAAUAAAAACGAAACACCAUUUACAGGAAAACAAACAGGUCGUAAUCCAAAAAAACGACCGGUUAAUGAAGAUGAUGACAGCGAGGAUGACGAAGAAAAAUCUGCUACUCCAAAGAAGCGAGCAAAACAACGCUCACCACAACCAUCACGACCAUUAACAACAACAUCCCUAAUAACAAAAAAAACAACAUCACGCGUAAAAGCCACUGUAUCAUCAUCGAGUCAACCAUCGCAUUCAAAAUCGGUUUCUAACAGUAAUAGCAGUCGAUUAGUAUCACGUUCUCCUCCUCCACAAAUACGAGCAGCUCCCACAAAAUCAACCAAACCAAAGACGACAAGUCGUUCAAAAUCAGUCAAACGACGUUCAUCAUCCUCGUCUAACAUAGCACUACCAGCCACAACAACGAAAACGAGUAAAAAAGGUAAUGAAACACAUAUUCCAAGCUACAAAAAAAGAUGUGAUACAUGGAGUUUGCCUAAUUUAGAUAAUAUAAAGGCUGCAUCUAAUACAACCAUUCGUAAGACAAGAAUUGCACAUCCAACAAAAUUAUUAACGGUAAAUGCUGCAACAUUGAAAGUGGGUGGUCAAGUUCUAGCAUUGGGUGAAAAUGGAAUGAGACAGCUUGGUUUGAGUGCGAAUAUACCAGAACGUCAAAAUGCUCAACCGGUUGCAAUACCAGAAAAAGUUAUACAAAUAGCCGCUGGUCCUAUGCAUUCCGCGGUAUUAACCGACAAAAAUCAAAUAUACAGUUUCGGCUGUAAUGACGAAAAAGCACUUGGACAUACGGAAAAUGAUGAUGAAGACUCGGACGAUGAAUCUGAAGUAAAAUUCGGUAGCGUAGAUUUUACGAAAAUUAUUACAAAUAAAAAUGAACAAAUUAUUCAAGUUGUUGCUGGCGAUAGUCAUACAAUGAUAUUGACGAAUGUGGGUAAAGUUUACGGAUGGGGUACAUUUCGUAGUUCAACAAAUGGACCAUUUGGAUUAAUUACAAAAAAUAAAAUUGAAAGUGAACCAGUAGAAAUUCCUUUACCAGAAAAAAUUAUCAAAAUAGCUAGUGGUCACGAUUUUGUAUUGUUUCUUAGUGAAACAGGUUGUGUCUAUUCAUCGGGUAAUGGAGAAACAGGACAAUUGGGACGAAUAAGUCGUUAUUCAGCAGAGUAUUCAAGGCAUGGAGGAACAGAACGCUUAUUAACACCAGCACCUAUUGAAUACAAUCGAAAAAAUUUAAAAGAAAAACAAUUAGUAUUUAGUGAUAUAUUUGCUUCUGCACAUGGAUUUUUCUUAAAGGCUGAAGACCAAAAUAUCAGUCUCGGUUGUGGUUUAAACAAUUUUCAUCAAUUAGGUUUUGAAUCAACGGAGCCUAUUUUUUUUCCAACAUAUAUCCCGUCACUCGAUGGACAUGAAUGGAUCAAAUUUUCUGGGGGUCUUCAUCAUACAUUGGCAUUGGCAAAAGAUGGUAGUGUAUUUUCAUUUGGACGUCAUUAUGAAGGUCAAUUGGGAAUCGAAAAUAUUGAUAAACAUUUAUCUGAACCAACACGAAUCGACGAUGUUCCAAAAGCUGUGGAUAUUUCAUGUGGUAAUCAUGUUUCGUUUGUUAUUGAUGAAAAUGGUAAAGCUUAUUCAUUUGGUGGUGGUGCAUCUCUUCAACAUGGUCAUGGUCAAAGAGACGUUAAAAAACCAGAAAUGAUUAGUUCAAAAUAUAUGGAUAUAAAAAGCGUUCAAAUGGUUGCUGUUGGUUCACAACAUACACUUUUCUUAGUAUUUGACAAAUAA